AUGGGUCUCUCAGGACCGAAAUUCCGCCGCAAAUUGGACUACGAUCCGAACAACACGAGAUGGACUCGCGACGAGACGACGUUCGGCCAGAAGAUCCUUCGUUCCCAGGGAUGGGAGCCGGGUAAAUAUCUAGGUGCCCAGGACAGUGCACAUUCACAAUUGCAUAGCGCUGCGAGUCUUGCGCCCAUAAAGAUCAAUUUGAAAGACGACACCCUCGGUCUAGGCGCGAAAAUUCGCCAGAAACAGAGCGAUGAGUGCACUGGCUUGGAUGUCUUCAAAGACCUCCUCGGACGGCUCAACGGGAAGUCGGAAGAGGCGCUUGAGCAACAGAGACAAGUGCGCUCCGAGAUCAAGACCAAUUUAUUUGUCGAAAGGAAGUACGGUCCGAUGAGGUUUGUCAGCGGAGGUUUUUUAGUGGGAGAUCAGAAGAUGCAGGAGUUAGUCGACAACAAGCCAGCAACAACACCCGUCAAGGAAGAGCCGAAAUCGGAAGCUUCUGAACCUGAAACCAUGAAGAAAGAGAUGGAGAAAAAAGAAAAGAAAUCCAAGAAGCGGAAAGCUAGCGAGUCUGAGGGCAGCGAUGCUUCAGACAGCAAAUCAGGAAAGAAACGGAAGAAGCGUUCUAAGGCCGAUAAGGAAUCGGAAAGCAACGAGGCAGAAACAGAAAAGUCGGCGAAAAAGAAAAAGGACAAGAAGAGGAAAAGGUCAGAGCAUUCGGAUAAGGUCCAGGAAGAGGAGAACAGUGCAAAACAGGCCGAAUCGGAGGUAAAACGGAAGAAGAGCAAGAAAUCCAAAGAUGUCUCGCAGCAAACAGCGCUUUCCAACAGCUCCGCGGAAAUAUCCGAAGAUGAUACAUCGGAGAAAAUCAGAAGAAAGGAGAAAAAGAGAGACAAGAAGCGCAAACAAGCGAACAGUGCAGAGGGUAGUGAAGCCAUAGCGACGUCAAAUUCUUCAGCCGUGACACCUCAGGACAGUGGCACUUCGACGCCUAGCAACACUGGCGCGUCGACUCCACAAAAUCUCUCGGCUCGCCAUCUGGCAAGAUCACGCUAUAUUGCUUCUAAAAAGAUGGCAUAUAGCGACAUGCAGGCAAUGAACCAGAUCUUCAUGGUUAAGCCAGUUUGA